UGGAAGUGGAAAGCUGGGCCUAGUUGAGUUCAAGAUCCUGUGGACCAAAAUUGAAACGUACUUGAACAUCUAUCGCCAGAAGGAUGUGGACAAGUCGGGGACCAUAAGCUCCACGGAGAUGCGCAUGGCUGUGGACGAGGCUGGAUUCAGUCUGAAUAAUUCACUGCAUCAGAUCAUAGUGGCACGUUACAGUGAGCCAAGCCUCACUAUCGACUUUGACAAUUUUGUGGGUUGUCUUGUUCGGCUUGAAUCCAUGUUCAAAACAUUUAAAACACUGGACAAGGAUGGGUCAGGGGUGGUCGAGUUGAAUUUCCUUGAGUGGAUGAAUGUGUCACUACUCUAAAAUGAGAAGAUUCAACACCUCCUUCAUACCUGGGGGACAAUGAACAAGAAUGGAAGCAAUACUUUUUUUCUGAAGAAUUAGGAAAAUCACUUAGCUGGGUUUUAAAUGAGGGUAUGUUCUGACAAACCUAUUCUGUGACACCUUGUUAAUGUCUCACACAUUACAGUAUAUGGAAUAUAUCAAUGCAAAAAUGGGAUGGGAUGUAUCGGAAAUUUGUUUUAUUUCGUUUUAAAUUUGCCUCAUCUGGGUUUAACAAAAUGUAGGAAUAAUGAAUUGUUGAAUUUUGAACAGGUUUUAGGUUGUAACAAAAUACUGUCACACAGCUAAAGAUUCAAAUAAUAAAUCUAACUUGCAUACUCUA